CGCCUCUGCAUAUUAUCUGAAUCCGGAUAACCAUUCAAUAACGACACGUUUGAUUGUUCUUCACAAACCAACUUCAUUUUCAUCUUCCUCGCUUCAAAACCCUACUCCUCCUCCCCUUGAUUCAUCUCAUUCCUCCUUCUGCUUGCCAAAAAUGGCUUCUUUUUAUGCAUCUCCAGCUCCCACCUUACAAAUAACAAACACCCACUUACCCCAAUCACCUCCCUCUUCUUCUUCUUCUGCUUCGUCGAUCUCGUUUUCAUCCAACAAAUCCACUUUCUUCAACUCAUCAUCUUCAUCUUUCAAGAUUCUUGUUCAUUCUCAGCCCAAAAUUAAGCAAUCUCCUUUUCUGGUUCGAAUGUCAUGGGACGGUCCUCUCUCCUCUGUCAAAUUGAUCCUCCAAGGCAAAAAUCUUGAGUUAUCUGAACCUGUCAAGACUCAUGUGGAAGAUAAAGUUGGGAAGGCCAUUCAAAAGCAUAGCCAUCUUGUUAGGGAAGUAGAUGUUAGGGUUUCUGUUAGAGGUGGAGAAAUUGGAAAAGGUCCCAAAGUUCGACGAACCGAGGUUACAUUAUUCACAAAGAAGCAUGGAGUUAUUCGGGCAGAGGAAGAAGCCGAAACAUUAUAUGCAAGUAUUGAUACCGUAUCUUCGGUUAUUCAGAGGAAAUUAAGAAAGAUUAAGGAGAAAGAUUCGGAUCAUGGCAGACACAUGAAGGGAUUCGAUAGGCUUAAAGUAAGAGAUCCAGAGGUUCUAGUAGAUCAAGAUUCGGUUGCGGUUCCUCAAGAAGAAGAAGAAGAUACAAGUGAAGGUUUCACCGAUGAUCUUGUGCCAGAGAUUGUUCGCACAAAAUAUUUCGAUAUGCCUCCUUUGACUGUAUCAGAAGCAAUUGAGCAACUAGAAAAUGUUGAUCAUGACUUUUAUGGCUUUAGAAAUGAAGAAACUGGUGAGAUUAAUAUCUUAUACAAACGAAAAUCCGGAGGGUAUGGGAUUAUAGUUCCUAAAGAAAAUGGCGAAACUGAGAAGUUACAGGAUGCGGAUGCUGAAAUGCUUAGACAACUCUAGUUUGCAAAACGAAGAUCGUGGGUGUUUGAAAGGAUGGAAGACAUUGUAGACCAUCUUCAAAUGUGGAAAGCUCGAAGCCAGAAACGUGUGGGUGUUUCUUGAUUUCAAGAUUCGCUAAAGUUUGUGGGUUUAUGUGUCUAAAUGUGUUUUAAGUUUCUUUGAGACAAUCGUGUGGUGCGAUAUGUUUAUCACACAAGAACUAGGAAAACCAAGUCUGUAAUCUCUUAGUCGCGACCAAGUAUAUCAGGUUACUUUUGUUCUUUUGAGAAAUUGGCAUGCCCAGAUUCUUGCAGGUUCCUUUGUACCUAUGCUUGACGCUGCUCAACUUUAUGAUGCAUAUGAUAUGAGCUCUACUUUUUCUA